AUGCUUGCUCGCCUGCUUCGUGAUCAUCUUAUCGAGAACGGCUGGAAAGUCUUUUUCAUGGGCACAUGGGGAGUACACCUUAUUAAAUUUGCUCCCGAUGAUUACGAUAACGCUUGGGAUGAUCGCUACCCAAAGCAGAAUCCAGCAGUCUUUUCCGCUCCAAACUCUCUGCUUCUUGUUGACGAGGCACAGGCGUCAUACAAAGAUGAGAUACUCUGGGGCGAAAUUAUCAAGGAGCAACUGAAUGGUAUCGUUAAGAGAGACAUGCGAAUUUGCCUCGUCUGUUCUUAUGGGAGUCCAACCACCGGCGUCGAGCCUGGUAUCUUUAUCCCAGCCGAAUUUACCACGAGCCAGCGCAUUACCAUCACUCCGCAACAAAUUCCAGGCUCCCCGCAAAUAGGCCUUUUUUACACCAGGCUCGAAUUUGACGACGCUGUUUCCCGAAAAUUUCAGCACCAGUAUCAUGACAACUUCACUCUACAUGAGGAAGCCGGUGGCUAUAUAUUCUCUUUCACAAAUGGGCAUCCCGGAGCUGUAAACGCGAUAGUAUCCUACAUCUAUGAACAUGUUAUUCUCAGCUUGAAAGAAGAUGAAGAAAUUUGGACGCAUCUCGCAUCUUGCUCUGUCGCUCGUUCUUUUCCGAAAGGCCCUAAACUGACACCUCGAGUUGUCAAUGUCCUUGGAGACAUUGCGGAGCAAGGAAGCAUCGAAUGGGAGGAGAACAAUGAAGGGAUGGGUCAAUGUUAUGUGAACGGCUGGAUCCAUAAGACCGUCGUGCUUGAUGCCACUUGCCCUAUUGGAAAAGACAUGGUUGUUCUUCCGUCACGUCUACACGAGAAGUGGGUCGAAAGAUUUGUUGGCGGUAUACCAGCCUCUCUGCCCCUACGAUUUGAUGCGCUUCAAACCCUUUGUUGUGAAGUCCUCGGUCGCUUUUCCGUCAUGUCUUUACGACAUGCCUCCAAGGGGAAGAAAAUGUCCAGCGCAUCGACAUAUAGGGCUGUGGAAGCUCAGUACCAAGACGAGUUCUAUAAAGCAUUCAGAUCGGUUGCUGGGCGGGCGGUUCCAAUUUGCUCGGAGCGGUCCAGAACGCAGGACGGCAGAGCGGAUUUCUACAUACCCGAGAAGAAGUGGGCCAUCGAAGUCCUCCGUGACCACAGAAAGAUUGACGAGCAUGUCUUAAGGUUCCGCGAGGGAGGAGCGUACUAUGGCUGGAUAGAGGACGGCACAAUUCAAGAAUGGAUUGUCAUUGAUAGUGCGACUAUUUUGCGUAACAAAGUUUACCGUGAGCCAAAUCUCAUCCAUGCCAUCUUCCUAGCAGAUUACACAGAGUUACAAGUCUUUGGUCGGCAGAGGUUAUCUAUAUAUAAAGCUCGCCUACAAAAUUGA